AUGAGGUUGACGUCCCUCAUCCUCGGCCUGGCCGCUUUUGCUGGUGCCUCUCCAUCUAAGAUUCUGGAGGCACGCCAGUCGGUUGGAGAUGGCCCCUUCGGCCCAGCUGGCUUCCAAACCCACGCCAGCCUGCCGCGCCACACCAUCUACCGCCCCAACAACGCCGCCGCGGCGGGCGCCAUGCCCGUCCUCAUCUGGGGCAACGGCGCCUGCUCGGGCGACGGCACGUCUGCGCGCAACUUCCUGACCCAGAUUGCCUCGUACGGCUUCCUGGUCGUGUCCCAGGGCGUCCCCGGCGGCGGCGGCUCGACCACCGUCGACGAGAUGCGCCAGGCCGUGACCUGGGCCGCCAACGGCGCCGGCGGCGCCUUUAACGUCGACCGGACAAAGAUCAUGACAGCCGGCUACAGCUGCGGCGGCACCGAGGCGUACGCCUUUGUCGACGACGCGCGCGUCUCGUCCAUUGGCAUCUUCAACAGCGGUAUGCUGGGCAAUUACGAUCUGGCAAAGACCAUCCGCAAGCCUGUCAUCAUUGCUCUUGGUGGGCCGUCUGAUAUGGCCUACCCGAACGGAGAGCGCGACUACAACAACAUCCCCGCCAGCACGCCCACCUGGAAGGGCAACCUGAACCGGGUCGGGCACGGCGGCACCUACGGCGAGGCCAACGGCGGGCUGUACGCCAAGGCAGCCUACAAGUGGCUGCAGUGGCAGUUCAAAGGCGACCAGGCCGCCGGGGCCUACUUUGUCGGCAAUGCGGCCCUGUCCGACGGCUGGAACGACGUCGCGAGCAAGAGCAUCAACGUCGGAGGGACGACGCCGGGCAACCCUCCGCCAACCACAACCAGCCCUCCCCCGACCACGACCAGCCCUCCCACCACCCCUCCGCCCUCCACCAGCUGUGCGAGCUUGUACGGCCAGUGUGGAGGCAGCGGCUGGUCUGGCCCGACCUGCUGCAGCCAGGGUACCUGUCGGGUUUCCAACCAGUGGUACUCUCAGUGCCUAUAG